UCAGCUCCUGAGCCAGGGGUGUGUUUAACUCCAUGACAAAGGAUGCCAGUUUCUCCUGCAGGAUAGCUUCAUCAAGGUUGGAGGUGGCUUAUAUUUGGCACCCUCUACCCUGCGUAUUAUUCCUACAAGGCUGUGAAAUCAAAGGACAUUAAAGAAUAUGUGAAAUGGAUGAUGUACUGGAUUAUAUUUGCACUUUUCACCACAGCAGAGACAUUCACGGACAUCUUCCUUUGUUGGUUUCCAUUCUAUUAUGAACUAAAAAUAGCAUUUGUAGCCUGGCUGCUGUCUCCCUACACAAAAGGCUCCAGCCUCCUAUACAGGAAGUUUGUACAUCCCACGCUGUCUUCAAAAGAAAAGGAAAUUGAUGACUGCCUGGUCCAAGCGAAAGACCGAAGUUAUGAUGCCCUGGUGCACUUCGGUAAGCGAGGCUUGAACGUGGCAGCCACAGCGGCGGUGAUGGCUGCUUCCAAGGGACAGGGUGCCUUAUCAGAGAGACUCCGGAGCUUCAGCAUGCAGGACCUUACCACCAUCAGGGGCGACGGUGCCCCUGCUCCCUCCAGCCCCCCACCACCGGGGUCUGGGCGGGCCACCGGCAAACAUGGCCAGCCUAAGAUGUCCAGGAGUGCUUCAGAAAGUGCUGGCAGCUCAGGCACCGCCUAGAGCCCUUCGAUCUCACUUCAAGAAGAAAAGUACCUCAUCCUUGGCACUGAAACCACGUGAGUGAGACAAGCCAACGGCACCGGGAUCCACAGAAUGUUUCUCCUCUGCCUUAAAGAGCUCUUCACUAGUAACAUAGAAAUCUGCAAGCUCGGUGUGCUUUGAGUGUGCAGCUCACAGACACGGCCUUUCCUCUCUCCCCUCUCUCACCUUUAGGGUUUUUUUUUUUUCCCUUUACUUUUCCAGGGAGAGGACAAAGGUAUAGGUAGUGUGUGGGGGUGACCUUUAAGUCCUCUGAGGUUAGUGUUUCCACAUCCAUUAUAGACGGCGGUGUUUCCAGAAAUGUAAGAACCCCCCUCACACUGCUGACAUGUACAUUUGUAAUUUAUCUGUUGCAUACUUACUUUUUAGUCCUGUAUAUGCAAACAAUUUUUUAAAACUUUUUUGUUUUUGUUGUUCUUGGUACUAAUACUUUGGACUAUGGAUGUACAUAUUUAUGGCUUUGGCUUAAUAUAAUGGACUCGCAAGGGCCAGAGGUUCUGAGAUGUAAGGAAACAGCAAAACCAGAAAUGUAAUUAUUUUGAUUCUAGAGAAUGUCUCAGAUGUGCUUAUAAAGCUUCUAAAUGCAACUCCAGUAAAUGUCCCUUUUCCUGCAGGUAGCUGGUCCCAGUUGACUAACAAUAUACUAGAUAAGUUUAGACAAUAUUUUAGUGACAGAGGUGAGUGUGAUACGAUGUCAAAGGCACAGCCUAGGGUAAGACAGCAGUCACUAGAAGGAAGUCUCCCCCUUCAAUUCAGGAUCAGGAGCUUCUGAAACCUUUCCGGGGAUUUAACAUUGCCUAUAGAGUUGCUAUGAGUCGGUCUGGUUUUAGUUUUUAGGUAGGUGGCUCGCCCCUGGGAUGUGGACUCACAGAGCUGUUGUGAGGCAUUAAUUCUGAGGGUUUCAAGAGUGGCUGGCCAAUGGCUAUUUCUCCUCCACGGUAACCAGUGCUGCUACUAAAUUCCCUGGGUAGAGGAGUCUACAGUCUGAAUACCCUGCUUUAGAGAACAAGGAGCAAAGCAACUAGAAGUACACUCUGUUUCAGAUAUGCCAUAAGAUACAGCUGAGACGUGGGUAAUGAUAAAAAUGGUAGCUUCUAGGAAGGCUUCAGAGGUUGAGAUCUCUAUGGGUGUGCUGCUCUUCAGAUCCAUGGGCAGCUGUGGCUCAUGCUCUUCCGUCCCCCUUCCUGACUUAGACAGAAGGGGAAGGAUAGAAAAGUUCAUGCUCAUGGUGCUCUAGGUCUUAAUGGACAUUUGAUAUAAGCCUGGAUCACCUAAUGAAGGAAGAAAGCAUUAUCUGAGGGGACUCCUUACUUAGAGAACGUUAUCUGUAAAGGAGAAGAAUCUGGUUUAAUGGCAUUUGGCUCUGAGGUAGCUGCUCUCCCCUCUGGGAGCUGAGCCUGGAUGUAGGACUAGUGUAUCUGUGCUUAGAGUUGUGUUUUCAUUAGUGUGAUGCAUGCGGUGGUCACAACCCAGUUACUCAUAAUACUUGGAUUGUUUGUUCGUAUAUACGCCCUGAAGACUAGAGAAUUAAUGUUAAUACCACAUAGUACUCACUGUCAACUGCCAUAAACAGGCCCAUUAAUUAAAGACUGUUCUGUUACUGAGCUGCGUGAAAGUACAUCAGUAGCCUUUGCUGAUGACACAUUAGCUGGAUCUUAGCCACCUCAGGAAGGGUUUUACUUGAAGUUGGUUGCUGGCAGAAUGCAUACUUAAAUCCCUUCUUCCCACAGUUCCUCUGAAGGUGAUUUUGUAAUUUACUAAAGGAUUUAGAAAAAUGAAUCUGAAAGCAAGUUUGUGGUUGAGAGGGCAAUUAGAAGCCAUCUGUUCAUCCUCUGUGCCCGACACCACCAAUAACUAAAUCUGCUGGGAAAGACAGAAAAUUUGUUUUCGUUGAGCUCACUGAAUAGCUUCAGACAGAAGAAAACCUAUUCUUUAAAAUGUAUUUACCUGUUAGUUGGGAGUACCCAGAAUCAUCAGAAACAAAUGCAGAAAAAGCUUAAGUUAAGCAACGUUUUAGCAACUUUUUUUUUUUUCCCAAAAUAGUAAAUGCCUUUAGCAGCAGAGAUUAAAAUCCUAUUGUGAACAAGCUAUAUUUUCACCAUUUUAUGAUGGAAAGUUUUAACAAGUACAAGCUGUCAAGUUUGCACUCAAUUAUGCCAAAAAAAAAAAAGUUUGAAACAUUCUUCUCUCAAACAUGCUGUAUUACUUCUCAUUCAAGAAUUUAAAAAACUAUAAAGUUAUCUAAACUGCUGUCUUAAUGUAAAUGUAACUAUUUUGUCUUCAAGUGUUGAUUUAGGGAGUUGGUUUCUCUCUUAAAGACACUCACUGUAUAACUGAGAGCAGCUGUCAUAUUUCUAGCAAAAUGUGUUUACUUACCCAACAAGCUGUGUAUCUGUGUAUGGACUGACAUAAAAUGUGAAUGCCUACAAGUGUACAUGUCGUGGUGUGGUGUUCUGUCUAGAGGAUGUAACAGUGUUUUUAAUUUGCAGAUUUAUAGACACAAGCUGUUUAUAAGCUGCUGACUUGAAAGUCUGUAAUUUUCAUGUGUUAACUUUUAGUUAAUGGUCACUGAGCACCUGUUCCGUUUCAGAGGAGGUGAGAUGUGGGCCUGUACUUACAAACUGGAGCGUUUAGUCACGAUCCCUCCUAGCUUUGUGUGAAUAGCUUGUUCGCUUGGCUGGCCUCUGACGUAUGUGCGUGUUCUCCUAGUAAACCGUCUCUGUGUUUGUGAUGAGUGCUCGUCGUCAGCCACGACCAUCAUGGAGCUCCUCCCUUGCAGUAUUUGAAACGGUAAAGGAUGUGCUUCAUCAUCUGACAGUGCACAAAGAGCUGAUCUGCAGGAUCAUGACUGUGCACAUUUCCCCAGCUGAUUUCAUGUAGUCCCUAUAGAACGAUCUGUAAUAGAAUAGUACACUGGACUGUGCAUCAGAGGAUGUAAAAUUACAGUAUUCCAAAGGUUGAAGUUCUGCUGUUUUGUUAUAUAAUGCCUGAUAAUACAUCUUGAAUAAAUAAAGUCUUAACACUUUUUCUUUUAAAAAAAAAAUCUUUGUAAUGUUGGGCUUAUGAGGAAAAAGAAAACACUGAAAAACAGACAAACCUGUGUGGAAGGUAGCAAGAUGCUCACCCACUAACUGGUCUUCUGACUUGGCCCCACGCCUACUGCACACGAUUGUUGGAAGGGAAGAAAAUUAUGUGUGUUUUGAAAACCAGUUGAUCACACAUAUAUAAAACUGACAGUAUCACUGUUUAUUUUACGUUUUUAAAAGAUCACUGUGGAAACUGGGUAGCUGUGAAAAUACCAGAGUAGUUACUCUGGUGUCAGGGUUUUAAUUCUGCAAAUGAAGCGUCAGUUCAUUGCUCUCCUCCUCUGAACCUGUUUCCUCACUGCAGAAGUACUGACCAGUGCGGUCAGAACAGGGCGGGAGAUGCGUGUGGAGGCGCCCUGCGGUGGUACGUGCACCUUCUUCACGACUGCGGCAAAGUGGUACAACAAAGCUUUGGUGGUCACACACACUAGGAAACUCCAAAUCUGAAACCUCAAAUUUGAACACAGGCCCAUUUUCUUGGCCUUUACAGUCCUAUAUUCUGCAUGUCUGAUAGAACUUUAAAACAAAGCAACAGCAGCAGGUAAAGGAGCAGAUUCAGAGGACUGAAAAGGAGGAAGAGAUGGAAAGAAAGACUGAAAACCCAUUCAUUCAUUCAUUUCCUGAGCCAGGUCC